AUGGUUCCUCCAUGGAAAUUUCAUCCUUGCUUUCUAUCACUGAAACUGGCAAUGGCAACAUGCGUUUGUUUAUAUUUUUAAAAUAAAUGUCAUGGCGGGUUCGACAAUUUCUGCAAAUUUCGGAAAUACUCCAACAUUUCAACCCUUUCAUAAUAAAUUUCAAAUUGCGUUGUCAAGUCCUAUCUUAACUGAAAGAUGUUUUCAAAUAACGCAACUUUUACAGGAUGCUCCUUUAAAGGAAGUGCAGUAUAUAUUUCCUGGUGUGAUCGAAAACAUAUUUGGAGUACGUUCCGGUAUUGAUUGGGGCUUUCUCAAACUGGAUAAAAACACUCAAUCUAGGGAUUUUGACAGUCUGAGAAAACUAUUGGCUCCUGAUGGACCAAUUCUAAAACUAGUUUAUAAAUUUACGGAAGAUGUAUCACCUAAAUUUGAAUUUCCUUUCUCUUGGCUACCUGUACCUAGUCAGCUAAUGCUGCAGGAGGGUAAAGUUCCAGGUUUAUAUGUCAACAAAUUACAAAUUUCUGGUCAGAACAUAUAUUCAUCCUCUCUGCAGUUAAAUAGCUUGGAAUUUUAUUUCUUUCAUUUUUGCUAUUAUAUUGUUAAUCCUGUUUUGAAGAAUAUCACUAGUACAGUUAAUCAGCAGGAUACAUUAUAUGCCCACAUUCUUGAAGAUUAUUUAGCCUAUUUUUUGCCAACAGAAAAUAGAACUGUUCCCUUGUUUCAAGCUCAAAAUGCUCAGCACUCUCCGAUUUUAACUUCAUCUCUAUCUUCUAACUUUGGAAGCUCUCAUGCUUCUCCCGAAAGCCGUCAUUCUUUCAAUGCGAAUAAUCGAGAUUUCCUAGGACCGGCAACACCUAAACCGAGCUUGUUAAAAAAAGAUAUUGUAAUGAUGGUUACAUCACCUGGAUCUGAUUCUUCGAGUGGUUUUGGAACAUCUGCUUCAGAGAGCUGGAGAUCUGAAACUUUCAUCCUAGUUUUAAAAGAAAUGCUUCUCAAUCAAAAUUCCACUGAUCAUCAUCAGCAAAAUAUCCAUGAUUUGAUUCCGAAAACCUUCAUUCCAACUCAUUAUCACGUGUGGAUGGUACGAAUCCUCGUAAAACACUUGCACUUCUUUUUUAAUAGUACGCUUUCUCCUAAUCAAACUACUGGACAUGGUCAGAUCAUGAUAGACAGCUUAGGUCGAUUAAAAAGCCUUGGGAUGACAAGUUUGAUACAAAAAGAAAUUUAUAGCUUCUUGAAGACUGUAUUUGAUCACUGGCCAUUGGAUGCAUCUUUUAGGGUGCCACUUGAAACUUAUUUAAGCUACAUUCAGCCAUGGAGAUAUAUUCAGUGUGAUUUGGAGCCUUCUACAUGGCAGAAAUUCUUAACUGAGAAUAUUCUGUUUUACACCACCAUUUUUGUUCAGAUUCUAAGAAGGUUUCUUAGAAUGGAUUUAAGCUGUCCUAAAAAUGCUUACAUGCUGUACAGACUGACAAAAGUCCUUUGUACGAGAGAGCUGAGACAAAUGAUCACACAAGCUGAAAAAGUGUGUGUUUCAAAGCCUGCAAAUGUUGGAAUGCCUGGAUUCUUAAGAUCAUCUGAAAAGCUGUUUUAUCAAAGGAUGUCUGAGAUAGAAAUGACUGGCUCUAACUAUUUACCUCUUUUUAGUGAGCCAGUCUUUGUUUUGGUUUCGCAACUGGUAUCGUCCAUUGCUGCUGCUCGUCAAAAGUCGAGCACCGAAAAUCUCUCUCAAAGUAUUGUCAACAAAAGCUUCUUCUCUAAAUUUGCUAGCCUGUUUGAUGUCUCCAACGAUGAAAUCAAUUCUGAUGAUAAUAGCCCAUCAGAAUUGCAAAAAGUCUCUACCUAUUUAGAUAUGUCUUCUAAACAACUCUGCAACUUUUUUUCAGAGGUUGUACCUCCUCAACAAAAUAAUGCAUCGCUAGGAAACCUCUCCCUCUCAACCUCUGAUCAACAAUCGCGUUUGAAUAACAGUGGUGACACAAGUGAAAAGUUUUCAAACUUAAAAGCAAUCAACAGAAUGCUGGUGCUAAAUCAAAACAAAAAACAAGAUGUUGAAUAUCAUGAUAAUCCAGAUUUGCAACCUGUAAGGACUUAUGAAGUUGGAUUCCUUGUUAAAGUUCUAAAUGAAAUCUCACAGCAAAUAAAUGAAAAGUAUGGUUCAGAAAUCGAACAACUCUAUUUCAAAAAUACCCUGGUUGGAAAAAUGUGCCGCCGACUCGUAGCUGCUCCCGUAACAUACAUUAAUGUCAUCAAAUCAAAGGAUAUGAUGUCUGUCUCAAGCUAUCCGGUGCAUCUCCCACCCCGUGUAUGCCUACGUUUCCUAUCUCACAAACAGUUACUAGCUUAUAUAUUUAUCUUUCUAUUCCUGAACUAUUUUUUGUCAUCAAGUCCCAUCUUCGGGAUAUUUGUUUUUACGCUCCUAUUAUUUGUGUUACUCUUUUUGAGUGCUUUAUUCUAUCCAGUUGAAGUACAUCCAAAAGAUGAUUGAUUCCUAUGAGUGGAGUUUGUAACUGUGUAUAAAAUAUGUGUAUUCCUUUUAAAUUACUUUUUGAAACUGUAAAUAUUACUGUAUGUCUUACAAUAAAUAUAUAUUUUUUAUUGA